UUUUCUCACUCUAGCUGCCACAAAGAGGACCAGAGCUUCCAGCCAAAAUGUCCUGCAGAUCCAGUUACUUCAGACCCCCUGCACCAUGGAGCCUCUUCUGUUACUCAACCAACAGCAUUUCUUAAUCUUAGAACAAUUCGUCCUUCGAUACGUAGAGGCAGUUCACCUAGAGGAAGUAAAAUUUUUUCUUCUCCAUCAAAUACAUCUUCUUACUCAUCUUUCUUUGGAAGAAGACAUUCUUUAUUUGUUAAAUUUCAGAAAAGUGGACAAAGUAGAGCUAACUUUGAUUCUCAAGAAAAAAGAAGCUUCAGUGAUUCAAAAUCUCCUUCAGACCAUUUUCGCUUUAGAUCCGAAAGUUUUUUCUCUGCCCCAAAACUAAAUAUAAUUUCCUGUUAUGAGAGUGCUAGUACUUUUUUUGAUACUCAGUCAAGUAGUCAGUGCAUGUUUAAUCCAAAUGAAGUUGAAAUCAUUUCUAAAAACUCAAGUAUUACUAAUGCUGAAAAAUAUAUAAACUCUUGUUCUCCUGACUAUAACACUAAACAUUUUAUGAUUUCUGAAACAAAAGCUAAUUCCUCAGCCCGUCGGGACACUGUUGACAGCAUCUAUCACAACAUGGUGACCAUCCUUUCUCUUCCAACUCUCACGUCCUGUUCCUCUCAACAACAUGGAAUUGCCAGCGAUACUCAAGGAGGAGACCAGUUAAGGAACAGUUCCCUUCAUCCUGGUUCUCAAAGUCACAGUAGAAAUAACUCUCCAGCUACGAUUCAACAGCACCCCUCUCAGAGUGUAACUUCCCCUGUUUACCAUAAAGUUGGAUUUUGUAAAAAUGCUAGUAGCUUUACCCCAUCUCAAAAUGAAAUCACCUCAGAUCCCUUUGAAGAUGAAAACAGUACUAUCUCAUCUAAAGAUGAAGACAAAUCUGCACCUAAUGAAAUUCCUAAAAUAAGAUCACGUCAGACUUUACCCUCUCUUAGAAGGGCAGCUCAGAUCAGAAGCUUUCCCACCAGGCACACUCUUUAGUCUGUAGAAAUCACUGCUCAGUUUUCCUAGAAGUCUCCUCCCUUCCUAAGCUUCACUGCAUAUUGUGAAAAAGAUCUCCACAUUGCAGUCUAAAUUUAACUUUAAUUUCUGUAUUUUUUGAAAGAUAGCUUAUUAACAUUGGAAUAUGGAAGUCAAAGAUUAUUCAUCUGUUUCAGGCUUUUGACAGAUUUACUGCUUAUGGAUUGACUAGUGCCAAAUUUUUAAGUGACUACUAUAAUACUUCUGUUAUCUAAAAACAUCAUCAAACUUUGAUAUAUAGGUCUUCUAAAUGUAUUCUUUGAGAGUUUAACACUUUUUUUUAAUUCUACUCCAAUUAUCCAGAUAGUAUUCCUGUGUAAUUUAUAGAGCUAUAUUCAUCAGUUUACGAACCCCCAUUUAUAUCAGCCUUGCUAGCUUUAUUAUUCAUGCCAAACACCUGCUGAUAGACAAUGUUUUUACUAAUACAAAAAUCAAGUCAUAAGUAGAAAAUAUUGUAGUGGAAAUAUGUAGAGUAUAUUGAAACCAAAUAUUUUAAUUAAAUAAUUUUAAUGCGUAUUUGUUUAUGCAUGUCUGGGAAUUCAGAAAACUCUGAAAUCAGAGAUAAAACGUAUAUAUAUAUAUAUAUCUUUAUUUUUAAAAGUAAAAAAACUAAGAU